AAUGAAAGGCCUCAGUGUGUGGAUUUCCUUUCUGUCCGCCUAACCGUUUGCUCAGGGCGGGGCUGUACACCUGGCAUCUGAGCGGGAGCCAAAUCCACGUCGACUCCCGGCCCCGCUAGGUGCUGCCGGAAGUUGGGCGGGAUCUGUUGCUUCAUGCCAGGAGUGACCCAGCUGGGCCAGAGCUGAGCUAUUGGCUGCCACAGAGUGGAGUGAAAGCCGACCCACUCCAGGGCUGUUGGUACAGCAGCCUGGGAGCUAGGCUCAGCCUCUCUGGCAAAGGACCCCACCCUUGAAGCCUUUUGGUGUAUUACUGCUUCCUCCUAACUGACCUUCCAGGGAAGGGUUGUACAGCGAUAGGUGUUCGUGACCAAACCCAGGAACCUUUUGCUCCUGGAAGAGGGCCUGAGUCUCUAUGGAGAGACACCUUUUUCAAACCCUAGCAUUCCAUUCCGAAGCCCUGCUCUCUUUUGCCCAGGACUGCCCAUUCUCCAGACGUGGAGGCGGGCAGGGUGGGGUCUUCAAAAGUCCCAUCUUCCCACCCUACUAACUAGAUACUAAGGAGUGUCUGACUCCUACACAUACAGGUGGCAGGCCUUUAAAUCGCCUUCACUGGGCCCUCCUAACGAGAGUGUACAGCAGCCUGGAGAGAGGAUAGGGAAGCGUCGGCCCCUGAGGCUAGAAAGUGAGCGUUACCCAGGAAGACCUAGAGCGGAUUCCGCAGCCUCUCCUUAAGCUAGGUCUCACCCCCUCACCCUCCAAGAUGAGGUUUGGGGACCAGCAUCCAGCUGGAACCAGGCCCUGUGCAGACAGCCUCAGCCGCCUCUGAAAAUCCGUCUUCUCACCAGGCACCAUGGGGGAGAAGGUGCUUGUCACUGGUGGGGCUGGCUACAUCGGCAGCCACACGGUCCUGGAACUGCUGGAAGCAGGCUACUCGCCUGUGGUCAUUGACAACUUCCACAACGCCAUUCGCGGAGGGGACUCCAUGCCUGAGAGCCUGCGACGGGUCCAGGAGCUGACAGGCCGCUCUGUGGAGUUUGAGGAGAUGGACAUCUUGGACCAGGCAGCCCUACAGCGCCUCUUUAAAAAGAUCAUGAGGGCCCACGGGGUGAAGAAUCUGGUGUUCAGCAGCUCGGCCACCGUGUACGGGAACCCCCAGUACCUGCCCCUGGACGAGGCCCACCCCACCGGGGGCUGCACAAACCCCUAUGGCAAGUCCAAGUUCUUCAUUGAGGAGAUGAUCCGGGACCUGUGCCGGGCAGACACGGCCUGGAAUGCGGUGCUGCUUCGCUACUUCAAUCCCAUAGGCGCCCACGCCUCCGGCCGCAUCGGCGAGGAUCCCCAGGGCAUCCCCAACAACCUCAUGCCCUAUGUCUCCCAGGUGGCAAUUGGGCGACGGAAAGCCCUGAAUGUCUUUGGUGAUGACUAUGCCACGGAGGAUGGGACAGGUGUGAGGGAUUACAUCCAUGUGGUGGAUCUGGCGAAGGGCCACAUAGCAGCCUUGAAGAAGCUGAAGGAGCAAUGUGGUUGCCGGACCUACAACCUAGGCACAGGCACAGGCUACUCUGUCCUGCAGAUGGUCCAAGCCAUGGAGAAGGCCUCCGGGAAGAAGAUCCCGUACAAGGUGGUGGCUCGGCGGGAAGGUGACGUGGCAGCCUGCUACGCCAAUCCCAGCCUGGCCCACGAGGAGCUGGGAUGGACGGCAGCCUUGGGGCUGGACAGGAUGUGUGAAGAUUUAUGGCGCUGGCAGAAGCAGAACCCUUCAGGCUUUGGGGCACAGGCCUGAGGACCUCCUCACCAUGGACCAGAAAAGGAGACGAGCAGCUGCCUGUUUUCCAGUGUCCACAGGACCCUGUUACCCUAAGCUCUGGGGCCAAGCUGAGGCCACUCUACCUCAAAUGCCAGCUGCCUGCUCAGCCCUCCAGGCAGGAGACCUCUUGCUCCACUGACCAGGCAGGAGCCUGGGUCUUUCUAACCUAUCUCCCCCAGGGUCCAGGAGCUUCUGUGACCCCCAGAGCAUGUGGGGGAAGGUCUGGGACCACAGCCUCCCCAAGGCACUAACUUAUACUGCUAUGACUGAGCUUUGCAAACUAUUUAAAAUAAAAUGUUUUCUUAACCUG